AUGUCUACUUUCCAUCUCGACGUCAUGUCACCGUUUUCACCCAUUACAGCAUACUCCAAGCUGGAACAAUCAAGGAUCCACCAGCAGAGAAGUUUUGUCCUACCUAUCAUCGACAUGGUGUUGAUUAUUGUUGGGCUAACAUACGGAGGAACUGCCGUAUCAAACAUCAAGGAACAAUACCAAUCAGGACAAUUCUUCCAAAUUUAA